AUGGCCCAUAUGGGGGACUGUAAAUGGACGCCCUGGCUCCCUGUCCUGGUGGUAUCUCUGAUGUGCUCAGCCAGGGCAGAAGACUCCAAUUGUGGUGAGAAUGAAUACCACAACCAAACCACCGGAAUGUGCCACCAGUGCCCCCCCUGUGGGCCCGGGGAGGAACCCUAUAUGUCCUGCGGCUAUGGCACCAAAGAUGAAGAUUAUAGCUGCGUGCCCUGCCCAGCAGAGAAGUUUUCCAAAGGAGGCUACCAGAUAUGCAGGCGCCACAAAGAUUGUGAGGGCUUCUUCCGGGCCACCGUGCUGACACCAGGGGACAUGGAGAAUGAUGCUGAGUGUGGCCCGUGUCUCCCUGGUUACUACAUGUUGGAAAACAGACCCAGGAACAUCUACGGCAUGGUCUGCUACUCCUGCCUCUUGGCGCCCCCCAACACCAAGGAAUGCAUAGGAGCCACCUCAGGGGCCUCUGCCAACUCCCCCAGCACCUCUGGAGGCAGCACCCUGUCCCCUUUCCAGCAUGCCCAUAAAGAGCUCUCCGGCCAAGGACACCUGGCCACCGCCCUAAUUAUUGCCAUGUCUACCAUCUUCAUCAUGGCCAUCGCCAUUGUCCUCAUCAUCAUGUUCUACAUCAUGAAGACAAAGCCUUCUGCCCCAGCCUGCUGUACCAGCCCUCCAGGGAAGAGUGUGGAGGUCCCAGUGGGCAAGGACGAAGAGAAGAAGGAAGCUCCAGACAGUGUGGUGAUUUUCUCUGAGAAGGAUGAAUUUGAGAAGCUGACAGCAACACCAGCCAAGACCACUAAGAGUGAGAACGACGCCUCCUCUGAGAAUGAGCAGCUACUGAGCCGCAGUGUGGACAGCGAUGAGGAGCCAGCCCCUGAUAAACAGGGGUCUCCAGAGCUGUGUCUGCUGUCACUCGUGCACCUGGCCAGGGAGAAGUCUGUCACCAGCAACAAAUCGGCUGGGAUCCAAAGCCGAAGGAAGAAGAUAUUGGACGUGUAUGCCAAUGUGUGUGGUGUUGUUGAAGGUCUCAGCCCCACAGAGCUCCCCUUUGAUUGCCUGGAGAAGACAAGCCGCAUGCUGAGCUCCACGUACAACUCUGAGAAGGCUAUAGUGAAAACAUGGCGCCACCUGGCCGAGAGCUUCGGACUGAAGAGGGAUGAGAUUGGGGGCAUGACAGAUGGCAUGCAGCUCUUUGACCGCAUCAGCACUGCGGGCUACAGCAUCCCAGAGCUGCUCACAAAGCUGGUGCAGAUCGAGCGGCUGGACGCAGUGGAGUCACUUUGUGCGGACAUCCUAGAGUGGGCAGGGGUUGUGCCCCCUGUGUCCCCGCCCCCCGCCGCAUCCUGA